AUGGAGCAUGAUGCUAGGAAAAAUGGAAUACAGCACAUAUUUGGUAUUGAUGAUAAAGUUGGACCAUCACUUGUAGGUGUACAAGUAGGAAGGAAGAGUGCCUGUCUGUCAGCAAGUAUACAUGCUCGUGAAUGGAUUAGCCCAGCUGCUGCCUUGUAUGUUAUCGAAACACUUAUCACUAAUACUAAGCUUACAGAAGCUAUUGAAUGGCAGAUUAUGCCCAUGCUUAAUCCCGAUGGAUAUGAAUUUACACUUGGAGCAAAGAUCGUUUGUGGCGCAAGAACAGGUCUAAGUCUUCUUCUUCCACUUGUUAUGGUGUUGACCUUAACAGAAAUUUUGGAUAUCAAUGGGGAGGACUUGGGACUAGUAGUUCCCCAUGCAGUGAUAUCUAUAACGGCUCUAAGAGAUGCUAUGUUGCCCCUGAAAGGCAAAGUAAAGGCUUACAUAACUUUCCAUUCCUUUGGGCAAACCAUACUCUACCCAUGGGGUUACUCAACUCAAGUCAAGCACCCUUUAACAGCAACCAUGGAUACUGCUGCUAAAGCAAUGGCGGCACAAAUUAAAAAGACAACUCUAGCUGUGUACAGUGUUGGCAACUCUGCUGUUGUAUACUAUCCUGUAGCUGGAGCAUCUGAUGACUGGGCUGCGUAUGCAAUGGACAUUGCUCAUUCAUACACAAUUGAGCUGAGAGACAAAGGGGUUUAUGGCUUUAAACUACCUGCGUCUCAGAUAUUGCCUACUGUACGAGAUGCCUGGGAGGCUGUAAAGACUUGGCUACACUGGUCUGAAUGAAGUAACGGAAAAAGUCAACAAACGAAAGUUCCUGCAAUGAAACUGAGAGACAAGGAGUUACGGUUUGCAACAGAGAUCAUAAA